AUGUUGAAGGAGAUGGAAAGAUCGAGCCCGAAACACAGGGAUAAGGAUUCAAGCAAAGACUACAAGCAUCAAAGCAGCAAACACGCCGAUGACCACCAUCUCUCCAAACACGACAAAAACAGUGACACCAAUGGAGAUGAUCGGUGGGCACCUGAGAAAUGUGAUGGUGGUGAAGAUCAGAUGAAGCGUGAGAGAUCAUACAAUAGAGAAUUGAGAGAGAAAUCGGUGGAUAACAGAUGGCGCCACAACCACAAGAGGAAAGAUAGAGGUGUAGAGAGUGAUGAGGAUGAUAAACGAACAGAUGGGUCUUCUACAGAUGAUGUUAAGAGUGGAGGCAUCUCGCUCGAUGCCUUAUUAAAGGCCAAAGCAACAUUACUGAAGCGAAAGGAGGUUGCAGAGAAGAUGAAGAAGAUCCCCAUGUUAAACAAGGGUGCUGACUCAGCAAGAGAUGGCCUGAAACCUCCAUCUAGUUCACCAAUACCACCUCCCCCGCCACAAUCCGCGACUGCUGGUGGGCUGCCCCAACUUGAAGAGUUUACUGCCCCGAAGUUUGAAGCUGUAAAACGGGCACAAGAACUUGCUGCCAUUAAGGUUAACAUUAACAAACAGAAGAAAAAAGAUGCAUUCCAGAUUCUGAAACGGGAGUUAGAAGUGGACCCUCAUAAAAACCCUCACUUUGAUUGGCGAAUGGGAAUUGAUAAAACCAAGCUUUUAAGGCCUAAGAGGACGACCUUUCAGUUCGUGGAGGGAGGCAAAUGGACCAAAGAGGCUGAAAUCAUCAAGUUUAAGAGUAAAUUUGGUGAAUCACAAGCGCGAGAGUUGAAAGCAAAACAGGCUCAUCUUAUUCCUGAUGUUGAGUGGUGGGAUGUGUCAGUUCUUGAUAUACUAAAGAAAGAGAAGAUUACUUCAUACAUGGAACACCCCCGCCCUAUCGAGCCGCCAUUUAAAGAGGCCCCACCGCCACCUCAGCCCUUAAAACUCACCAAAAAAGAACGCAAAAAGCUCCGCACUCAAAGACGUCUCGCCAAUGAAAAAUCAGGCAAGAAAUGA